CUCCCUGGCGAGGAGAGCAGCCCCACGGCUGCAUCCUCAGUUGCCAUGGCGACCGCUCAGCCCGUGAGGACCGGCGCGCACAGGGAUGCUCGGCACAGGGACGCUCGGCACAGGGAUGCUCGGCACAGGGGUGCUCGGCUCCCGCAACUCCAGCGCUGAGCAACUCGCCGUGCCCUCGGGGUGCCCGCGGGGCCGGGCGGCCAUGCAGGGCUCGCCGCGGCGGCGCUCGGCCGUCAGCAUCUUUAGCCAUUUUUUCCAGGGUCGGAGGCAUUCCUCCUCCGGACAUUCCUCCUCCGCCCCCCUCCUCCGCAUGAGCCAGAGGCGCCGGAGCUCGGUGGUGGAGCUGCUCUCCUCGUCCACCCACCGCGUGAUGGUGGCUCUGUCGUCCCUCAGCCCCGAGGAGCUGGAUGCAACUUUUCCCGACAAAAAAAGAGGCUCGCGGCGCCCCACGGCCAAGUACACGAAGGUGGGGGAGCGGCUGCGGCACGUCAUCCCCGGGCACAUGCAGUGCUCCAUGGCCUGCGGGGGACGGGCCUGCAAGUACGAGAACCCCGCCCGCUGGAGCGACCAGGAGCAGGCCGUCAAAGGCCUCUACUCCUCCUGGAUAACAGAUAACAUCCUGGCUAUGGCUCGACCCUCAACAGAAUUAAUUGAAAAGUACAACAUUAUUGAGCAGUUUGAAAGAUAUGGCAUAAAAACCGUAAUUAACCUCCAGCGUCCUGGGGAGCAUGCGAGCUGUGGGAACCCUCUGGAACAAGAGAGCGGCUUCACCUACCUUCCUGAAGCCUUUAUGGAGGCUGGAAUUUAUUUUUAUAAUUUUGGAUGGAAGGAUUAUGGAGUGGCAUCUCUCACUACUAUACUUGACAUGGUAAAAGUGAUGGCUUUUGCCCUGCAGGAGGGGAGGGUGGCUGUUCACUGCCAUGCAGGACUUGGGAGGACAGGUGUUCUAAUAGCCUGCUACUUAGUUUUUGCCACAAGAAUGAGUGCUGAUCAAGCAAUUCUUUUUGUCAGAGCAAAAAGGCCUAAUUCCAUCCAGACCAGGGGGCAGUUGCUGUGCAUCAGGGAAUUCACUCAGUUCUUGGUUCCCCUGCGAAAUGUGUUUGCCUGCUGUGAGCCCAAGGCUCACACAGUGACCCUGUCCCAGUACCUGACCCGGCAGAGGCAUCUGCUCCACGGCUACGAGAGCAGGCACCUCAAACACGUGCCAAAGCUGGUUUACCUGGUCUGCAAACUGCUGCUGGACUUGGCUGAAAACAGACAGGUGGUAGAGGCAGAGCUGUUGGACAUCCCAGACCUCUCAGCUGAGAUCGAGAAGGCUGUUUCUCAGUUGGUGUCCACAGAGCUCGACCAAGACCUUGCCAGGCAGGACAGCGAGAUGUCAGACUCAUCCCACACCCACUCCUCUGCUUUUGAGACCCAGGAUUCUCAUUGCUCCCUGGGUCACGAGUGUGAUUCCUUCUGUAAAAGAAGGAAUGUCGAAUGCCUUCAGCCUCUUACUCAUCUGAGAAGGCGUCUAAGCUACAGUGAGUCAGAUUUAAGGAGAACUGAGUUUCUUCUAGAACAAGACAACACUGUCUGGACAGUGCCUGCUCAGAUAUUGCAGUGCAACAAGCUCAAGCAGAACAGUGGUGAGGAGUGUUCUGCCCCAGGUGAGCCGAAGCCCCAGCUGGAGUUACACAAGGAAGCCUUAGUGCGCAACACGUGCAUGUUCUGGAGCCAGGGCAGGUUUAAUUUGGAUGGACGGACAGACGGAUCCUCGCUGUGCCACAGGAGGGGCUCCACCAAAGAAGUCCAACGCAGCAGAACCUUCUCUUCAGGCCUCGCUUCCAUCCACAACGCCAGGGAACCCGGAAUGCCGAGGCACAGCUUGGCCAAGGAGGUUGGCCCCAGGAAGGACCGCAAGACUAACAUGUAUGGCAGGACAGUCUACGCCUCCGAGGACUCCGAUUCUUCUUCUUCUUCCAAAGUGAACUUUUCCAUUGGAUACGAAAGCCAAGGUAGCAGAGAUGUGUCGGAGACAAUCCCACACAUUAUUGUGCAGUCAGAAUUAAGUCUGGAAGCCCGAAGAGUUUUGGCAGCGAAAGCACUUGCAGAUAUAAAUGAAUUUCUGGAAGAGGAUGAAGUGAAGCAGAAGGUAGAAACAUGGCAGAAAGAACUGAAUUCUCGAGAUGGAGCUUGGGAUAAAAUCUGCACCGAGAGAGAUCCUUUUAUCCUCUGCAGCUUGAUGUGGUCCUGGAUAGAGCAGCUUAAAGAACCUAUUAUAUCCAAAGAUGAUGUUGACAUGCUGGCAAAAAAUUGCACAGAAUCACAGGAAGCGCUCUACUUGCUGAGAAAGGAGCAGUGUCAGACUAUCCUUUGUAUUUUACACUGUGUGGUGAACUUGCAGAUGCUGCCAGGUGAUGUGGAGGAGGCCUUACUUGCUCGUGCUAUUAAAGCUUUCACCAAGACAAGCUUCGAUUCUGAAAAUGGACCAUAUGUUUACAAUACCUUGAAAAAUGUAUUUAAACAAACACUGGAAGAAAAAAGGAAAAGGAUUAAGGAAGGAAUAGAGAAUCCUUCUUGAUUUCUACAAGCUCUGCCGAAGCACUAGAUGGGCCUACCAAAUUAUUUUGCAUUUUCCAGCUACUGUAUUUUGUGCUACCUGGCAUGAUCUACCUAACUUUAGGUAAUAGUUAUUAACAAAUAAUUUUAUUUUUUUAGAGGGAGUUUUAGCGACAGUUGUUCAAUCUACACAGCUUUAAAGAAGAGCUCCUGUGUGACCAUCCUCUGUAGCAUUUGGUUUUCAGGCACUGUGCUUUUAUAUUGUGAAGGGUUCUCCUGUUCUCAGAUGUGUUUAUUGAUUUAGAAACCUCUGUUGUUGGCAAGAAACAUUAUUUUCAAGUUACACCAUUGCCAUAAGUUCAGUGCCAUGAUACACAAAGGUUUGAUGAAUUAAUAUUUAUGGAUUACAUAUGUUUACAUUAAUGUAAAUUUCAUUUUACUUUGCAGAAAAUAAAUAUUGGCUGAACCAUUGAAA